UCUCCAAGGCACAACUCACCGCCCCCCCCAACGGCCAUCUUCUCUGCCAAACAGUAACUUUCUCAGGUUGUUAUUUUCCAACUGUUGUGAUCAAAAUGCCUCUGGAGAUAGAGCUGUGCCCCGGCAGAAAGGUUGGAGGAGACAACCCAUGCUUCAUCAUCGCAGAAAUCGGACAAAACCACCAGGGAGACAUUGAGAUUGCUAAGGAAAUGAUCAAAAUGGCAAAGUGCUGUGGUGCAGAUUGUGCCAAAUUCCAGAAAAGUGAACUAGGGAAUCGAUUUAACAAGGAAGCCUUGUGUCGCCCGUACACCUCCAAAAACUCCUGGGGGAAAACUUAUGGUGAACAUAAGCAGUACCUAGAGUUCAGCCAUGAUCAGUACAGGGAGCUGAAGAAGUAUGCAGAUGAGUUAGGGAUCUUCUUGACGGCCUCAGGGAUGGAUGGGAUGGCAGUGGACUUCCUGCAUGAGCUUGAUGUGCCUUUCUUUAAAGUGGCCUCUGCAGACGCCGGGAACUUCCCUUAUCUGGUGAAUACAGCCAAGAAAGGACGUCCCAUGGUGGUGUCCAGUGGGAUGCAGUCGAUGGAUACGAUGCGUCAGGUCUACAAAACAUUAAAGCAACACAACGCGAACUUUACCUUCCUGCAGUGUACCAGUGCCUACCCUCUGGAUCCUGAAGACGUCAACCUCAGAGUGAUAACAGAAUACCAGAAGGAAUUUCCAGAUAUUCCCAUUGGAUAUUCUGGCCAUGAGACUGGGAUCAGUAUAUCCAUUGCAGCAGUGGCUCUGGGGGCAAAGGUCCUUGAACGACACGUAACCUUGGAUAAGACAUGGAAAGGAAGCGAUCACGGAGCCUCUCUGGAGCCCACUGAGCUUAAAGAGUUAAUCCGUAGCAUACGACUGAUAGAGAGGGCCAUGGGGAGCAGCCUGAAGCAGAUGUUACCCUGUGAGAAGUCGUGCCAUGAUAAGCUGGGUAAGUCAGUGGUGGCCAAGGUCAGUAUUCCCAAAGGAACCACCCUGACUCUGGAGAUGCUGACGGUGAAGGUGGCCGAGCCCAUGGGUAUCAGUGGGAAGGACAUCUAUGAGCUGGUUGGAAAGACGGUGACGAAGGACUUGGAGGAGGACCAGACCAUCCUGCCAGAUGCCGUAGAUGAAUACGGCAAAAAAGUUAAAUGCUGAAGAAGGCAGAGAGUUGUGUAACGGGUAAAAUGGUGUUUAAUUUAAUAGGAUAUUUAAUGAAAUAAUUAGAGCUUUUAUAUCUUUUACAGCUUAACUGAAUGGCAGCUGGUGUUCUUUGUUUUUUUCAAAGCUUCUCAAAUAUCUGAUUUGCCCCUUAGUUCUCCUUUGCCAGUGGAUUUUAAAAUUUAAGAUGCCUUAAUCCCUCAUUGCCCUUAUUAUCCUACUACAUGAGGUACAGUGGUAGUCCUGUACUGUUGUUGAACAUAAUUUGCUCUAUAGUUUUUGACGUGCACUGAGGUGAUUCAGUAAGUAUCAUCCAUGUUAUCACACAGUGGUGAGAUCUUAAAGCCUGUUUACCAAACAGUUGUUAGAUGGUCAAGUGGUGCAAGAGAGACUCAAGCCAUUAAGGGUUUGUUUUGUACUGUAAAGCUUUUGCUUGAUUAAACCCUGAGAGGAAAUAUUCACAGACUUAUUUACAAAUGUUUUUUUAAGUUUUCUACAUGCAUUGUAUUUUUGAAAUUGGGAUCAUUCCUGAUGUGCACUCUUAGACUUAUUUAGCUUUUUUGAUCAUAAACCAGAUGAUUGAUCCGUCUGUUUACAGUGACUCACAGUGUCUUUAAAUUGUGUUUUGGGGAAGGAGAAUGAAACACAUUUAUGAACUUUGUCAUUUGGGAUCAC